CACUUCCAGCCGACUGCUUACCAGCAGCCUGGUCCAUCGUAGGCCACUUUUGCUGACGACUGACUAUGACAUUGCUCACUUCGUUAACGGAGCAUCUCCUGCUACCAUCUAUCUAUUUUGGUCUUAGCGCUUGAUGGAAUAAGAACCAAUAUCUAUCGUGCCGACCAGCCAUUGAUCACAUAGACUACGCAUGAACGCAUUACCCAUUUCUCCUCUCCUCUCCGGUCCGGGCCCUCCCACCUGAGCUUCAGUUCCGAUAUCCUACUCCUUUUUGUCUUACGUACACUCACUUCGUCCUCGAUUCUUCGCGUCGCUUGUUAUUUGCUUCAUCGCGUCAUCAUGCCCGGUAACUUGGAAGGUCAAUAUAUCAAACUUGAAGUCAUUAGCGGAAAAAAUCUCAGACUACUCUCGUGGCGCAUACCCGCAGGCAUCUACGUGUCCAUCAAUGUCGACUCGAGGAGACGCUGGAAGUCAGCUGUCCGAAUGCUGUCAUCCGACAGCUCUGUAGCUUGGAACGAUAUCGCAAUGAUCUUAUCACCAGAUGUGUCACCCAGAUUGACAUUGGAGGCCUGGGCAUCCUUCGAGCUCGGCCGAGCGCUAGGGAAUGGAGAACUCAUUGGAAAACUCGAAACAUCAUGGCAUGAUAUGCUCAAUCAUGGAGAUGAGCCUUUCGUUUUGUCCUUUCCACCCAUCCGUGAUGUCUACCCUUCUCUUACACUCAAGGCCGCUGUUGUGCACGCUUGCGGGAACGAGGAUAUUGGACCACUUGAUUCCACUGUUUACUCCGAGAUUGGUUGGCGCACAUAUGCAGCCCACGCACAAUUUACCAGAUACAUGAAAAGCGGGAGCGUCUCUACCCUGAACGAUGCUGUCGAGCAUUUCCAGUAUGUUCUGGAUAAGUGUCCGGUUGGCCAUCCUGACCGCGGAGCCGCUCUCACCAACCUCGCGUGGGCCCGCCUUCAAGGCUAUAUUCAAAAAGAUCUCCAAGAUAUUGACUCUACUACUUCUCUAUUCCACGACGCCCUUGCAUUACGUCCGCAGGGCCACCCCGAUCAUCCCUUAUCACUUUAUCAUCUCACUGAAGCGCUGAACUGGCGCUACAUCAAUCAACCUACCCCCGCCGAUAUCUGCGAGUCUGCCCGACUCUAUCAUGAGCUGCUGCCACUCUGUUCCGAGGGCACCUAUCUUCGCAGCAUUGCAGCAGGGGACAACGGUGUUGGAUAUGUGAUCCGGGAAUGCAACAAUCUGCCAACGGAUGCAUCCGAUGAAGGCAUCCAACUUCGAAGAAUCGUGCUCGAGCUCUGUCCUCUGGGCCAUCAACAUUGUCUCAGUGCCCUCGACAAACUUUCACGUGCUCUUGAUUCACGCUUUACACAAUGUGGAAGCAUCGAUGAUUUGAACGAGAGUAUACAAUGUUGCCGUGACAUCAUAUCUCUCUGCCCCGAGGGGUGCGAUGACCGUGGUUCCUACUUGAAUAACUUGGCCUAUUCUAUCAAGUACCGCUUCAACCACCAAGGCAAUUCUGAUGACCUCGGCGAAGUCAUCUCUUUGUAUGAAGAAGCGCUGUGCUUGCACCCUGUUGGGCAUGAAUUUCGUGAUGUGUCGUUAGACAACUUAGGACGUGCCCUCCGAACCCGUUUCAAGCAAUGCGAUGACAUCAACGACAUCAACAGAGCUAUCAGCCUCUGUCGCGAGGCACUGGAGUUGAACCCACCCGGGAAUCCAAAUCGUGCCACCACAUUUAACAACCUUGCCGCCGCGCUCCAAAACAGAUCUGAGAAAUUGCAUGACAUCGAGGAUCUUAACGAGGCCAUCGAUUUGCUCCGCGAAUCGCUUCAGUUAAAGCAGCAUGACCAUCCAGAGCGCCAUGCAUACCUUUGCAAUUUGAGCGCGGCACUCUGCUCUCAUUUCACAGAAAGUUGGAAGAAUGACACUGUUGAAGAGGCCAUUGAUCUCUGCCAGCAAUCAUUGGCAGCUCUGCAUCCACUGCACCCGGAUAGAUCUAUCAGCCAUUGGUGGCUGCAGGUGGCCUACCUGUCUCGUUAUCAGGUACAACGCAACCCAGGUGAUUUGUCACUCGCAGUGGAGAACUUCAGACUGGCAUCAAGACACCCCACUCAAGGCUUGCCGCCACGCAUCAUUGUAUCGUCUAAUUGGACUGUUGUAGCGGAGCAGCAUGGUCAUGGAUCUGCACUGGAGGCCUAUGCAACGUUUUUCGAGCUUCUUGACGCCCAUAUGGUCACACGGUCAUCGAUCGCGGCGCGGCGCAAAGCUGCUGCCGCCUUCAGGGAUGCCAGAAUGCUCCCUGUAAAUGCUGCAUCAUGUGCCUUACGCCAUCAUAACCUACAAGAGGCUGUCGAGCUCGUGGAACAGGGCCGCGGCCAGCAAUGGUCGCUGGCCUCCCGCCUGAGGACUCCACUUGAAGACCUUGAGUCCAGGAAUCCCAACCUAGCUCACAAAUUCUUGGCGCUCAGCAAGUGCCUAUCUGAUGCUCAGGUUGCCACAGGAAGCGCAGACCGAGCUGCUGCUGACCGAGCAGCCAUAGAGUAUAGGCAACUUACGAAGGAAUGGGACACUGUGGUGGCUGAAAUUCGCAAUAUUCAAGAUUUCUCGCGAUUCCUACUCCCACCGUCAUAUGACGAACUGCGAGUGGCAGCGCGCAAUGGCCCAGUCAUCAUCCUCAUUGCGAGUGAAUACUCGUGUGACGCUGUCAUUGUCCCUACAGCAGGGCAGCCUCACCAUGUUCCCUUUCCGUCUCUCACUCUCGCGCAUCUCGAGAUGCUUAAGAACAACUUUGCCAGGGAGAUACGGCAUGCAGGUCUCAUGGGCCCAACAGAGUUGAGGAAGCAUUUGCGAGCACUCUUGCGUAAAGUAUGGAAUGUGAUCAUGCUACCCAUUGUCAAUGUCCUGCAGCAUAACCUCAAAUUGCGACGCCGGUCUCGGAUAUGGCUGUGUCCGACAGCAGCCUUCACGUCUAUUCCUCUCCACGCAGCUCACCCCUUUCGGACGAAGGCAGAUCGCUCUGGGCGGGAACCAUGCUUGGAGGAUCUUUACAUCUGCUCUUACACACCGACACUGUCUGCCUUGAUCAGAUCUGGACAGACGAUAAAGAUGCGCGGGAUGACUCCGUCCUUCGUGGCAAUCGGGCAAAGUGAACCAGGUGCUGGGCAAGGCACAGUGCUCCCCGCUGUCGACGACGAGCUCAAGCUCGUCCAUAAACUCAUUCCCCCCACCGCCAAGUUCACCACUCUUUCUGGCGAUGACGCUACACGUGCGGGUGCACUUGAAGCUUUGCAAAACAACACCUGGGUGCACCUUGCUUGUCAUGGCAAACAGGAUCGCAAGCAACCUUACUAUUCAAAUUUCGCCAUGAAAGAUAAACCUCUCACACUGCUUGAUAUCAUGGAUAAUGAUGCUCCGCACGCUGAAUUCGCGUUCUUGUCCGCCUGUCAUACUGCUGUCGGCGAUGAGGAGAUGCCAGACGAGGUCAUCCACCUGGCAGCUGGUAUGCAGUUCUCGGGGUUCAAGAGCGUCAUUGGCACUCUUUGGGCGGUUGACGAUGCUGUCACAAAACACGUUGUUGAAGCGUUUUACGAAAACAUGUUCAAGGAGGGUGUUAUUGACUGUACAAGGGCAGCUUCGUCACUCAACUAUGCUACGGACGCCGUGAAGAAAAUAAUACCACUUGAGCAGAAAAUUGUUUUCAUUCAUAUCGGUGUGUAGGCUGGU